CCCUUCGCCCCAAAGAAAGAAGAAGCCUCUUCGGAGAAGUGAAAAUCUUCCAAAGAUCUUCAUAGGAGCCAGAAGCAGAGCCAAAAAAAAAAGAAAGAAGACGACAGUUUUUUUUUUUUAGAUAAGAAAAUUUAUCUAUAUAAUUUUUGGUGGUGUACUCGUAAACAGAAAUGUCUUUAACAUGUGUGAAAAUGUCUGAGGAUGUUUGGUUAACUUGUCUCACGCAUGCAUUGUCUACUGAAACUGAAGAGAUCAUGGGUCUUCUGCUCGGCGAUAUUGAGUACUCAAAAGAUGGAAAUGUUACUGCAUUGAUAUGGGGAGCAUCACCGCAAUCACGAUCAGAUCGGCGGAAGGACCGAGUAGAGACAAAUCCUGAACAGUUGGCAGCUGCAUCAGCUCAAGCUGAUAGAAUGACGGCAUCAACUGGCAGAACAACAAGAGUGAUUGGGUGGUACCAUUCACAUCCUCAUAUAACAGUUCUUCCUUCUCAUGUUGAUGUGAGGACUCAGGCAAUGUAUCAACUUCUAGAUUCUGGAUUUAUUGGACUAAUAUUUUCUUGUUUUAGUGAAGAUACAAACAAGGUGGGAAGAAUCCAAGUCAUUGCUUUUCAGUCAUCGGAUGGGAAGCAGAGUCAUGCAUCAGGACCUGUUGCUUUAUCUCCAGUGAAUAGAAGUUCAGUCAUUGAUCUUGAGUCAUCUUUAAGUUCUUCUGAAAAUCUAUCAGUGACAUUGGGAUCUGCAAAAGUAGAUAGUCCUCUGCAAGACACUGGUGAUUCCAGAUUGACUCUGGUAUCCAAUAAGGGUGGGGGACGAUCUGUUGACUUGGGAGGUUUCUUCGCUAAUGCUGAUGCCAACUAUUUAGGGAGAGAGCAAAGCGGAGGAAACUAUAAUGCUAGUAAUAUACAGAAUGCUGUUGUUGAUAUUGACCCCAUGGAUAUGUCAGAAAGCAUGCAAGAAGCCAUGCACCGCUCAAACAUGGACAUGAGUGGUGCAGAGUAUGUCAGGAAAGAAAUUCCUCUUCAUGUUUUGCCAACAUCUUCUCUUGUUAAUCUUGACUCACCAUUAAUGUCAUUUACGGAUUUGCAACGUGUACUAUAUGAAGAGGAGCGGGCAGCAUAUAACCAAGCCAUCUUGCAAAAUAUGAGAGACGGCAAAGUGCAUCCCCUUUCCUUUAUCCAUCACACUUCAACAUAUCAGGCGUCCAUGUGCAAGUUAAUUGAAUACUGUUUAAGUCCUGCCAUCAACGCACUUCAGGAUCGAUUAAAAGAGAAUGAAAUUCAGUUAGCAAUGCUGACUGAUGAAGCUAAAACUUUGGAGACUGGAGCCUUCAGGGGGAGUGGGCCAAGUUCUCCUCUUCAUGCUUCAUCUCAUGGAUUCCGAGGAAGUGCUUUGGUUGGUCAGAGAGAGUUGCACAAUUCAGCUGAGCCCAUCAGUAUGAGGACAUAUGCUGGUCCUGGGAGCCGAAGCAGAAAACGAUCGUGACAAAAUUUCCAGACCAAACCUCUUCUCCAUGCUUUUGUUUGAAUGUGUUUUUGGGUUUAUCCGAGGAACUUCUGCAACUGGGUUGUCUGCAUCCUAGUUAAAGCAGGUCUAGUUCUAGAGGCAGUAUGCUAAGAGAGCUUCGUAGUGAUUGUUGUUGUCUUCCUGGUAUUUCCAAAAGGAGAUUCCUGAAGAGAAACUAGAAUGGUUGGGGACGAGAUGGGUCAUGGAAGAAACAAUGCUAGUGUACAUAAUCUUGUUUCCAUUUACAUCAUGUUUCCUUGAGGCCCUGCACUACUUUUGUUGAUUGGGGCAUUUUGCAUUAAGUAACGGUGACCCCCUUUUUAUGCACAUUUUUUCUUGCGUUAAAUGUAACUAAUUAUUCUCUUUAGCAGCUGGUAUUCUCACUGGAAUGGUGCAUUAUUUAUCUAUGUUGGUAAAAUUUUCUGUUUAUAGAAAGGGAUAUAUUUUUUAUUA